GGCAGCCCCACAGCGGGCGGGCGUGUGCACGGCGGAGGCGGCGCUUGGCGCGGAGAGGGGGCGGUGCGGCGGAGCCUGCGCAGCUGCCGGCGCCCUUUAAGCCGCGCCGCCCGCUCGCCCGCCUGGGUGUCUGUGCAGCUUGGGAGCCGCGCGGGCAGGAGCCGUUACCCGUACCGCGCCUCCCUCCUCCGGUUUCCCUCUUCUCUGCAUCGCUGCCCCCUCUUCCCCACUCUCUGACCCGCCGCAUCCCCGCUCCUUCCGCCACAGCCAGCUCUAAGAUGCCCCGCUAUGAACUGGCUUUGAUCGUGAAAGUCAUGCAGAGGCCUGAGACUGCAGCUCUGCUGAAGCGCACUGUUGAGGCUCUUAUGGAGAGAGGAGCCAUUGUGAGGAGCCUAGAAAACCUGGGAGAAAGGUCUCUACCUUACAAAAUCUCCAAGCACAGGGAGCGCCACAGAAGAGGAGGGUAUUUUUUGAUAGACUUAGAGGCCCCACCUACGAUUGUAACGACCAUGAUGGACCAUUUAGGACGUGAUAUUGAUGUAAUUAGACGUGCUUUUAUAAAGCAUCCUCUAUCAAAGACAGAAGAAUGCAGUGGCAUAAUCCCAGUCAACUAUAACGAUAAACUAGUUGCCAAGAAGUGAAAUACUCAAAAUAGUGUGUUUGAAACCUUUACAAAAUUUUUUACUCCUGUUUUGGAAAACAACUGUGUUAACUGAUGUCCAUUAUAAAUAAUCAUUUUUGGCCAUGUUAUGUGUGUGACAUAGUACACUAAAGCUAUUGUAAUAGUUGAGGUUUCUUUUUGUUUAGAAUAAUUUGAAUAGAUUUAAUCUGUAUGCUUAUCUUGAUAUUUGACAACUCUGAAAAUUGAUUUUCUUUCCUUAGAGCAUUACAUUGAUAAUGAAGAUUUGUCCAUCACCAGAAUGCUAAAAAUAGCAUUCUUUUUCCAAAGACAGAUUACUGCAGAAUAUGUAUAUUUACAUAAGAGAUUAAGAAACCUACAGUGUAAAUAUAGCAGCAUAGGAUGAUUUGUUGGAGGGGGGUUUUGUGCUUGUUUUUGGAAAAAGUUAAUAAAAAUGUGUUUAAAAAUAAA